ACCCCUUAUACCCCUUCAAAACUGAUGGACAAACAGUACAAACAGAUAACCUCCCCAAAGAGUUACAAAUUUAAAGUGAAAUCAAAAUUUUUGCUAAUACUGGGUCAGCUUAAUCCGCUUUUGAACAAACCUGUCCUGAGUGGAAAGAGGCACUGUGAGACUGAAGUGUGUCGCCUAGGACAGAACACAGUGGCUACAGGAUGUGUUCAGACCAUGACCUCUUAAUCCAUAGACUCGUCUGCUAGCCUGCACACCUAAAUGAAGUUUAUUGACCCAAAAUUUCUUGUGAUAUUAUGGUGAAAGCAACACUGAAAGCUGAAUACGUAACCUUACGUAAAAUAAGGUAAUUGCGAUUAUUCUUAGGUGCAACUUGAUGGCCAAUGCCCAUCAAGCAGAGAGAUAAACAGAAUUCGUGAACUACUCCAGGAGGAACUGAAUUUUGAGAUCAUUAAUCAUCCAACUCCACCACAGUAUCCAAUGUCGAAAAAAGGCCACAAGAAGGCCAAAAGCAUUGAUAGGGUAAUAGCUCUGGAUUCUGCCUCGGAUAUUCAGCCAAGUUCGUCCUUAACAGACUCGAACUCACUUCUCGAUGAUACCGACGCAGAAUUUCGUUCCCGAGUGGAGAAAAUUCGCCAAAUGGGAGGAGAUUCUUGGCUCAAAAUAUUUGGUGAGAUACAAGGAGAAGAAGAAAUGGCCCAGCUCCAACAGAAUGGUCAAGCCUGUCUAGUGGACGACAAUGGUCAAAGUGAGCCUGCAAGCGAUCAGCCGUCUCCCAAACUUGACAUGAUCAGUGGAGCUAGUGCUAGUCUGAGCAUUUCAUCAGAACAACAGGAGACUGCGGACGCACCGGGCGAGAACGAGGCUCAUCCACGUCGUUUACAGUUUGGCUUUGCGCCUGAACUGGAAAAACUUGUUCAUGACAAAGUAGAAUCAAGCGCAGACCUGACCUCGGGUACAUAUAUGGUGGAGGUCGAGGGAGAGGAGCGUAAUAGAGGAAUCACCGAGGAAAGGAUGGUUGGAGUGGACCUUUUUAAAGGGGUCAUUAUCGAGAUACAAAUCACUACCGGCAAGACAUUUGCCAAGCAUAAUUUGGAGGACAUCAGUAGUGUGGACAUUUUGAAAGUGCAGGACGUCUUCUGUGUAGACAUCCGCGACGUCUUUUCCAAGGAAUGGCGACGUCAUCACGCGGAUGACAGCGACAGUUUGACUUCCGAUCACAACAAGGACUAUCGACAAGUGGCGAGGUACCGCAUGCGCUCAAUUGAAGAUGCCGCUGAGCUGUUUGCACUGCUUUACAAGUUCAUUACUGAAAGGUCAUCAAAGGAGUCUAUUCCCAGUGUAUACGUACAAGAACCGCUUGUAGAUGUCUUCCCAAGGAAUAUCGUAGACUGGCCGAAUCCAUUAGGAGUACAACAAGAUCUCUUGCACAAGUAUUUUGACGACUUCCUACACGAACCUGAGCAGGAGCCAUCCUUGCGUAACAGCGAGGAGAAUCCAUCAGACCGCAGUCGUACGCACAGGAUACAGACUAUAUAUCAGGCCCUCCAUGCGGAGUUCAUAGACGUGGGGUGCUUAAGGCAUGAUCGCUCCGGGCCCUCGCCAGAGAUGGUCCGUUUGGUUCUGUGGUCCGGUUGCCUUCCGUAUGUUCGCCCAGAACACGAGCUUCCAAUUUGUCUGUUGAUGACAAAUGUUAACAUAUAUUUGUUCCACUCAUCGCAUUUGGACGCACCCGAAGGCGUACGCGCCUUGAAAACAUCCAGCGAUUUGUGUAAGAUUCUGCAAUGCUUUUACAGCUUUCCCGUCCGAGAACUGAACGAGGUGGUGUUCGGAUUCUUCGAUCAGGGCUUUAGAAUGGAGGUUAAACUUGAUGGGCCUCGAGGGACCUUUACAGUACUCACGCGUGAUGCCGAAAAAACGGACAAAUUUCUAGAGACAUUGAGAGAAGUCCUUGGGGAACCCCUGAAUGAGGAGCAAUCUGCAGUCCCUCGCAUCAGGAGACAGUUUUCCUCUGAAAGUCUCCCCAAGCUAACAUUUCCCAACGAGGAGAAAAUUAACAAAUUGAAAUCCGAACUGGCAAAAUCUGGAGCAGUGUCUCCCACGGAAAACCAGAAUCUGCUAAUGUACUCAAUUGUCCGAGAAAUUCCCGACUGUGCCUCGUUCAGCGUCCAAGAAACCGGAGAUCUUACGAAGAUGCUCCGAAGCUUGAUCGUCAUGAAUUCGCAGAUUUUUCUGUGUGACGAAGAUCAUGUACACUGGCCACUGCCCUCGUUCGUGCGGGCGCCGCCGUCCACACCGCAGUGGGUGGUUACCAAGUCUCAGGUAAUCAGUAAAAUUAUUGGAGUGGAUGUGUUUGAGCUCGCAAGCAGUGUGUGUGAUUUUUUUGGCGUGUUUGGUCUCUCACUCAUCUUCGACCGCGACGAAUCCGAGUCAACGUCCGCCGACGAUCAACAUUGCUGGCACCUAAUUUUCCGAGCCGCGGACGAGCGUACACAACUUCAGCGGUCUCUCUCGCAAGUGUGGAAGGACAAUUUUCAAGCUGAUCUGAAAAUCACUUACUCCAAACCCAAGUCUUUCCCAGUCCUUCACGACGACAAAGAUCCUAAAGGCUUACUCGAAUCCACUGCUUCGAUUGGCCUUGAAACACCUGUGGGUACUCCUGUGGAGCAGAUGUCCAAAAAGACCCAUCGGAGGGUGGGGUCGGACAGUCUGCCGAUUUUCAAACCAAGCAUGGUGAAUAGCUUGGAGAGCUUAGUAGCGCUGGACAGAAAGGUGUUAGAUGGUUUCUUUCAUAAGUGGAUUUCACAGAAGGAACAGAACGAAGAUGAAACUCUUCUCCAUGUCUUGUGGACGGGUUGCACGCCUUAUCUCUUCCCUUCGCUAGAAUUCAAAGUUUGCAUCUUGCUAAGCAACUUGUAUGUGUACAUUUUGGCCGACAAAGAGCACAAGGCUUCUAUUAACAAGAAGAAAGGAGUGAAGCUGCGGAUUUCAGAAGGCGCUGACUUGAAAGAGGCUAAGCCUACCAUUUGUUUUAAUUUCAUCUCUAUCAGCAAAUUGCGCCAAGUUUGUGUGGGUUUGUUUGAUCAAACGUUACGACUCGAAACCGAAUCCAAAGAAGACACUUUCACAUUGAUCACACGUGAUUUUCAUCUCACGAGUACUUUUCUUGAACGUUUGAGCACAAUUUUGUCGUCAAAUCACACCGGCGAUUCUUCGCCUCCGAGUACCGACACGAUUCCGACGAGUAUCUACGACUCGCAAUCGAUUAGCGAUGUCGAUCCGCACACGUUUACGAAAACGGAUUAUCAACAUACGAACAGUGGCGUACGGUUCGUUUAUCCGAACGAUGACACGCUGGAGAUUCUCAAAGACGCCAUGGCGGACUUCAGUCGUCAAUCCGUUAACUGCAGCGUCCUCAGUGAUGUUAUUAUCUUGGUCUAUCUCUUGGUCUUCCACGAAACAGAAACGGCACAGGAAGAACCUCGCACGCUUAUCAUCAUGGACAAGUCUUUAUGCCUCUGCAUUGAAGACCAUGUCAACUACCCGCUGCCGUUAUUUGCAACGGGACUUCCCGAGAACCCGCAGUACAACGUGCAGGACUUGCGUGACAUCAAAUCGUUGUCACGCGUUGAAUUCAGUGACUUCAACUCGUGCGACUUUAAAAUGGUUUUCUCGCCGACUCGACUUCAAGACGAGGAUGUUCCCGAUGGGUUUGAUUCAGCCAGUAUAGGGGAGUUGUGCGUUAUAACACAUCAUAUACCCGACCCUGAAGAGCAUGAUGUGUGCUGGUGGAUUGUAGCGCAGACGUACGAGGAGAAAGAAAAAGCGCUGAGUCUUAUCUGCAAACUCUGGGCCGACAUUCAUGGCGGAGCUCUACCAGUCAUGAAGGCCAAGAGUUAGAAAAUCCGCGGUAUUUGCUUUGGUCCCGAGAACGAAGCUCAAGAGAGUAAACGCGAACGGUACAGUUCCAUGAUACUUGAAUUGACAUGUCAAUAAAUGAGCUUGACUACGAAAACAUCAAGAUGGACGAGUGUGGAGAAGCAGAGAGUCGAACAAGUCGAUUGAUAGACAGCGAGACGCGGAGAGGACUGGUGAUGGCGUCCUGGCUCGUUCCAGGCUCUUUUCACUGAACGCCUUGUACCAAUAACACUCCCUAAAAUGUUUGAGUAGGUUUUGAUACCUCUUUGACAGCUCUCUAUUGGUUUUCCAAACUUCUCGACCAAUUGAAGAGUCAAAACCCAGCACGUGCCGUUUAUCUGCACGUGGCUGUCUUAACUGCCCCGCAUCCAAGUAACUUAGUUUUUUUUAUGAGAUAGAAAAGGGGAAUCCCAACAUAAAGAUGGUAGCAGUCAAUCAAGAACUUUUUUGGCCUGACAACUUUAAAAGUACCAAGUUUGAAGGCAUCUCCUUUCAAGCAACAGUAGAGAACUAGAUAUUUGAUUACAUUCGUUUAGGUUGCGUAGUCAAAAGACUUUUUUGUGACCAGAAUCUUAAAUAACCGUAAUUGACGAGCUCUCUGGUGAUUCAGUACCAACACUAGGAAGUUAUUUUUGGUAGAAAAUAGCAGAGAAAGCCUGGGCGUUAAUUAGCGAAGAGCAUUCGUGUAGAACUAGAGAAACACAAAAGAGUACUCUUUGAGCUACCUUCAUAUAGAAAGUAACUGUGAAGAGGUUUCGUCCGUGUUUUUACCGAAUUACAGCAGCAUUCAUGGAGAAUUCGAAUUUUCUCCCUCCCAAAAAGACCUCUAUUUCAUAUAAAUGUCACUUGUAAUACAGAGCAUUACCAUAUAUUCCAAUAAUGUAUUUGUAUGGUAAAUUAGAAAUCAAAGGUUUUAUUUAUCAAUCCAAACGGUGUAUUUUGAUGUAGUACUUCCUAUAAUAAAUAAUAAUGAGUAGUGCUUUCA